UUCGCGCAAUUCUUUGUGCGCAUUCUUCUGAUACCUUUGUAUUAUCGCUCUUUUUUUAUUUUAGCUGGUCACACUAUUCAUUCAAGAAUACAGCUUCAGAUUGAUUCUGAAGAUCUUUUCAGACAUUCUUCCUAUUGGUAUAUGUAUAUUAAAGUUCAUCGCCUUUUUACUUAACAAGAAACAAGUGAGCGUCUUUCAAUUUGGCUUUAUUAAUAAUACUAAUAUCAGUUUCCGUAAAUCUACUGAUAUUGUGAAAACUCGGAAAAAUGGGGACGAAAGAAGAGUACUAAUAAGCAUAGAUCUGUAAACUGAUCGUUUCCGAGAUACUUGAAUUUUAUCUUGUCAUUGUGUUCCUUUAUCUAUCUCUGAUCAUGUAAUGAGAGUUACAUUGUAUUAACCAACAUUUUAUCCGUUGUUCGUAGGUGAAACAUUUGUUAGACCGAAUUUGCGAGGAAUGGAGUGCAUUGAAAGAUUCCGAAGAGGUUAAGAUAGCGAAAAAAUAUGGAAAAUUAACGAGACAAAUGACGACAAUCCUACUUCUGUACGGUAUAUCGGGCUGGCUUCUUCUAGUGAUGAUACGAUUUAUCCCGAUGAUCAUCGGUAACUUCGCAACAGCGAACAAAUCUCUCGCGAGACAAGACAGUGUCUCACUGGGACGAUUUGACAACUGUAUUUACGUUUUCGUAGUCAAGUUCAUAGGCGUAAUCGUUAUAACAGCCACUAUAACGAUGAUCCUCGCGUAUUUGCGGCAUAUCUGCAUGAUGUUAAAGAUCACUUGUUACCGUAUCAAGCAUUCGAUGGACGAAUACGUUUCGCACAUGACGAUUCAUCAGCAAAAUCGUCUAAUAUGUCAGAAAUUAAUAAACGCCGUCAAAAUCCAACGAAGAGCUAUACAUUAGGCGAAAUAGCUGAUAACGAUUAACGCUAUAACGGAUCCACGGAUCAAAUAGUGGGUUUCUCUGUUGCUCGGAAGGUACACCGAACAUGUCUUAUCCAGCGUUAAGUAUUCAAUUUCCCCUUUAAUCGGCAUGGGAGUGACUUCCUUAACCAUUAAUUUGUUUCACGUAAGUAAUACCUACCUCAUCCUACCUCAAACCGAUCGCAUUCGCUUCGCGAAUGUUAAAUCAACUUAAUCCUCUUCUAUACUUUAACUUCAGACUCUACAAGCCAUACUGGGCCUGACCGAUAUGAAUGAUUUGAUAUUACCUGUGUUCUACGUCAUCAUGCAUUUUAUAUACAUCUUUGUGAUGAAUUACGGCGGACAAUUGAUUACCGAUCACAGCGCGGACAUAUUAAAAACACUGUUAGUAUAGAAACGUGGGUCACAAAGUUCCCUCCAGCUCGAAUAACUAAAUAUCAACUAAAUAUCAAAUAGAUUUUCAAAAAUAAUAUGUACAAUGUACAGCAGAGCUUAGCAAAUCUACACAUUCCGGCCGAUUUUCAACUCGCUAAUUUGCCUAGCACUAUUCCUACAUAAAAAAAAAUGCGUCAGCAAUAUCCCAUGAGUAACGUGGAAAGUUACUGGAAACAAGUUACUGGAAACGUCGUACGUUACUGAACUUCGCGCGGUUCGUUGGCUGUACGCGGGAGAAGGGAGAGAAGUAAGGGAGACUUCACAGCUAGGGAAAAAACAGAA